UUGUGUUGCUCGUCUCUCUUUCCUUUUCGACCGCGACGGGUAAAAACCACAUGUCUGUGCUCGGUAUCCGAGAUUUUAUGAAAUAAUGCUGCAAAGUGCUGUUAAAACAUAAACAAGUGCUUACCGUGUUAACUAGUAACUGAAUAUCAUUGCAAUUUGUGACAAUUUGUGCGAAAUAAUUUGCGUUUGAGCUAAUUCGUAACCAAAAAAACGUUCUAACUACCAACCCACCAGCGCGUGAGUGAGCGAGCGAGAGCGAGUGAGUGUGAGUGCGAAGAGUACGAAAACCGCAAAAGCAAAGCAUACGAGAAAUAAAAACAACAACAACCAGCAGCCAACCAACGCAUACGUGAAACGUUAGCAAAGCAAAGAGCAAAGCAAAACUCGAAUUGUGUAUCAAUUUUGUGUUCCUUCUCUCGUGUUGUUUUCGUCUUGUUGCCGAAACGAAACACUAUACACAUAUUGUGAUUUAAAUUCUUGUUACAACAGCAACUCGUUUGUUUGAUCUCGUUGCAAAUUUGUGUGGCAAGGAAGCACCAAAGAGUUUCCCCAUCCAAUCACAAGAACAACAACGACACCACCAACAACAACAACACCCAACAAUCUGGAGUAGUGCAACGAGAGCUGCCUACUCUCGAAGAACAGCAGCAGCAACAACAACAACAGCAGCAGCAGCAGCAACAACAUGUCAAGCAGCAAGGAAGAUGCCGGCGCAGCAGCCGCUGCCUCUGUCGCUGCCACUGCAUCAUACGCCAACGUAGUGCAGAAUUUGGACAGCAAGAAGGCAGUUACCUCAGUCGCUGCCUCUGCCGCUGCCGCUGCCACUGCCGCCGUCGCCGUCGCAGCCGUUGACAAUAAGGAGAAUCAACCGAAUUUGAAAACGCUUAAAUCGUGGAGCGAGGAAACCGCUGCCGCUGAGGCCGCCGUCGAGGAUCUGCCCAAUGUGGGGGAGAAACGCGCUGCCGCCGGAGGAGACAAUACCGCUGAGAACUCAUCUGAAAUGGACGACAAUAAUGACUUUUUGCCCGUGCUCUCGCAUCAUCGCCGUGACCGCAAAAAGGCGCGCAAGGAGAAGCCGACAGGACGCGAAUAUCGUGAGAAUCGUGACAAUCGUGAGAAUCGUGACAGGCAGCAGCAGCCGAGUGGAGCCAGUGGCUCUGGUCCAGGACAGAGUCAGGGUCAAGGUCACGGCCAGGGUCAGGGCCAGGGUCAAAAGUCAGCAGCGGGUCGUCGUCUUGCCGGCGGCAGCGAAGCUGAGGGACGCAAACAAGUGGUUCGCUCCCGUGCAGCACGCGGCAACAGUCCACGCAAGAAUCCUGCUGCCGCCAACAACAAUAACAACAACAGCAACGCUGCCAAGACUCACAAGGAACAAAGAAAGUCUGAUACCUCACCCAGCGCCAGUCUGGAGGCCACAAGCAGCGCCAGCGGCAGCGGCAGCGACGCCAAACCAGGCGACGCCGAUCCUCAGUCGACUGCAGCGGCAGCAGCUGGAGCUGGCGCCGGCGCCGCAGCGCAGCCAAAGCGCUUCAUAGCAGCGCCGCCGCCAAAGGUUAACGCUUGGAAGAUAUCAACAAAACAAGUGGGCAGCCCUAAAGCUGGCACUUCGCCAUUGGACAAACGUGUCUUGCAGCCAAAGACGCAACAACAACAGCAACCGAAACAGACUGUCAGCAACAACAAUAAUAAUCACAAUCAAAGCGCACAGAAUAGCAAUAGUAGCAAUCCUAGCAACAAAAAGACACAACAACAGCAGCAGCAGCAACAACAACAGCAGCCACAGUCAGCAGCAGCAGCAACAACAGCAACACAGACAGCAAUAAAAACCACAACAACAGCAGCAGCAGCAGCAUUAACCGCAGCAACAACAACAGCAACAACAACAAGCGACACUUUAGCAAAUGUUGAUGCAACUAUUGCGGAUGCGCUUGCCAGCUCAGUGGUAAAGGACAAAAAGAAGGUCAAUCAAAAGGCCAGCGACUUUAGCAACGUUGGUGAGUGGCCAACACUUAUUGGCGGUGUUUCGGGCAGUGGCAAAGCCACAGUGAACGAAACCAAGCGUAGCUCAUCCAAGAAACAGCCAGCAACUAAAGUUGCAGCAACAACAGCAGCAGCAACAACAACAGCAGCAGCAGCAGUCACAGCAGCAGCAGUCACAGCAGCAACAGUUGCCACAGCUAACGAAGUUAGCCAAGAAUCAAACGUUGCAGCUGCUGCAAGCAACAGCAAUACUAACAACAACAGUAAUAGCCAAGUUAGCAACGCCGUCACAGCCAGCACGAGUCAUGAUGCCAAAAGCCAGCGAGAAGCCGAGCAAUCUGUUGUUGCAACAACAACAACUGUCGCAGCUGCUGGCCCCCUUGCCGGUGCUGCUGCCAUUAACAAGAAAAUACCCAAGCACAAGUGGCGUCCACUGCAAAUCGAUCUGGCCAAGUCUAGCCGGCCCAAGCCCAUUGGUGGGCGCUCCAAUCGCCGGUUCAGCGAUGAGGCCUACGAGCAGCGUCGUCCGCCACGUGCCUACAAUGAACGCGGUGCCGGUCCAGCGUCAGCCAGAGCAGCUGACAGUCAAUCGGGUGGAGCAGCAGCUGCCGCAGGUGGAGGUGCAACAGAAUCAACGCGGUCACAUGGUGGCCGUUAUGCGUACAACUCACGCACGUCUGCUGCUCCGGCCGAGCGCGUGGAUUCCUGGCGUAGCAGCGGCCCCAGUGCCAAUGCCGCCCACGAUGAGCAGCGCUCGGGAUCAGCAGCAGCAACAGGAGCAGGAGCAGCAGCAGCUGAAGGAUCAACGGGUGCCGGGACAGCCGGGACUGGGUCUGGGUCUGGGGGGGUUCGUGGUCCACGCCGAUUCCGGACGCCGUAUCGGGGCGGUCGGCAAGGGCGCGGUGGAUUCACAAGACCGGGACCAGGUCGUCCAACUAAUCGCAUACCACGCCAUCUGUUAGCUUCCGGCAACUAUUUGCCGGCGGACGCAGCCGGCGCAGAUUCAUCGCAAUCCUAUGUGCUCAUGGGCACACACUAUUUUGGCAACGUUCCAGCUGCGUACAUUGAAAUGGACGCCGCCAGCGUCAAGGAGGCCAUCAAGAAGCAAGUUGAAUACUAUUUUAGCGCCGAUAAUCUCACCGGUGACUUCUUUUUGCGUCGCAAAAUGGACCCAGAGGGUUAUAUACCAGUUACAUUGAUUGCCUCGUUCCAUCGCGUGCUGGCGCUCACCACGGACGUGGCAUUGAUUGUGACCGCCAUUAAGGAAUCGGACAAGCUGGAACUGUUCGAGGGCUACAAGGUGCGCACCAAGACAACGCCCACCAUUUGGCCCAUUAGCGAUGUGCUUGAUGCCAAGGGACAGCCCCUAACUCCCGAGUCGAUAAUGGAACAACAACAACAACAGCAACAGCAGCAACAGGAUCAGGGACAGCAACAAGACCAGAAGCCACAACUGAAGCAGACUGAAUUGAAAAGUGAGGCUGUAGUAUCGGUGGAGGAGGCAUCUUUGCCAGCAUCGCCACCACCGCCAGCUAUACUCACCGAUGCAAUGGCCACAAAGCCAUUGAGCAGCAUACCGCCGCCGCCAGUGCCAAGGAAUUCACAAAGUCAGGUGCCCAAGAUGCUGCUGGGCAUGAAUCCGGUGAAUGCGAUGCGUGUCGAGGGCGUGGUUGGCGGUCAAAAGGGCGGUGCUGGUGCCGCCGCCGAGCUGGCUGAUCAUCUAAGCGGCCUGGCCGAGAGUGUCAAGCCCAAGAACAGCUCGACGCCAGAGAAACGAGGUGCGGCAAGGGCAGCAACUGCAACUGCAACAGCUGCUGCAACAGCUGCUGCUGAUGGGAAUGGUCUUGGUGUCGGUGACGGUGAGGGGGUAGCAGCUGCUUUGGUGGCGGAGCCAGAGGGCAUGUGGAAAGAGGUAAAGAGACGCUCCAAAACAAACGCUUUAAAAGAAAACGUUACUAAAUCAAUCAGCAACAACAUGUCCACUGCAACACAACAACAACAACAACAGCAACAACAGCAAACGCUUUCACAAACGCUCAACAAUAAUAAUAACAGCAACAAUAAUAAUAAUGUUAAAAAUGUUAAGCCCAAUCAGAAAAACAACAACAACAACAACAAUCACACCGUCACCACGUCCACGUGCAUGUCCACCACAACGUCCUCGUCCACGUCCAAGUCCUCGUCCGCAUCCGCAUCCGCAUCCAACGCCUCAUCAAUCAUUGCUGCCACAGUCACCACAAAUGCCUCAGUCACCACUUCCACAACAACAACAACAGCCACAGCCACCAUCAACAACCACCAUCACAACAACAACAACAACAACAAUAAUAAGAAAUUAAAUGCAUCUGGCAACGCUGCUUACACGACCAAAUCCCAAUCCUCCUCCAAAACAGCUGCUGCUUCGUCAUCCGCUCAGUGCCAUGCCGAAAAGGAAGAACUAGACUUUCAAUUUGAUGAGGAGCUAAUGGACCCCAUACCCGCCACCGGACGCAUCAAUAACUUCACCGAAAACUUCUCCGAUGACGAUGAAUCCGACUAUGAAUUUGCCGAUCGCGACAUCAACAAGCUGCUCAUUGUCGCCCAGGUGGGACGUGCACCCAAACAUGAUGGCUACGAUCGCACCGCUGACUAUACCUCACGCACCAAGAUCACCCAGGAUCUGGAGAACAUUAUCAACGAUGGUUUGGUCAACUAUGAGGAGGAUUUGUGGACCACCACAAAUGUGAUGACUGACUAUCGCACCGUCAAUGUCAUCUCGCAGGCUGACUUUGAGAAACUAGCUGGCAAGAGAGCAGGAGCACAACUCCAACAACAACCGCCACCACCACCGCCAAGUUAUGUGGAUGAUCCAGAUCAGGAUGCCGAUGAUACACUUGUGGGUGCUGAUGUCACACUCAACUCCACAUUGAACUCGACACUGAAGUCGCGCCGUGCUCGCUUCUAUGCUGCACCCAAUUCCCAUUCAAUUGAUCCGCGCACGCCAAGGAAGCGCAAACUGCGUCACACCGCCAAUCCGCCAGUGGAGGCUCAUGUGGGCUGGCUGCUCGAUACGGUGGAGCAUCGACCACGCACCACAUCGAUGGGCUCAUCGGCUGGCACGUCGCCCACAACAUCGUCAUAUGGUUCGUUUGGUUCGUCGGUGCCACAAUCUUUGCCCGUUUUCCAGCAUCCAUCGCAUGCGCUGCUCAAGGAGAACAACUUUACACAGCAGGCCUAUCACAAGUAUCAUUCGCGUUGCCUGAAGGAGCGCCGUCGUCUCGGCUAUGGACAGUCGCAGGAGAUGAAUACCCUGUAUCGUUUCUGGUCCUUCUUCCUGCGCGAGAACUUCAACAAGAGCAUGUACAAUGAAUUCCGCACCCUCGCAUUGGAUGAUGCGAGCAAUGGCUUCCGCUAUGGUCUCGAGUGCCUCUUCCGAUUCUUCUCCUACGGCCUGGAGAAAAAGUUCCGACCAAAUGUGUAUCAGGACUUCCAGGACGAGACCAUUGCCGACUAUGAAACAGGUCAAUUGUAUGGCCUUGAAAAGUUCUGGGCCUUCCUCAAGUACUACAGGAACGGCGAGAAAUUGGAGGUGCAGCCAAAGUUGGCUGAAUAUCUGAAGAGUUUCAAGACCAUUGAAGAUUUCCGCGUUGUGGAGCCAGAGAUCAAUGAGAUGCUACAGGGUGUUGGCAGCCUUAAUCCGGGUCGUGUGCUCAACAGACAUCGCAGUGUGUCCGAGAGCGAUGGCACCGCCGUAAUCACCGCUGGUGGACGUCGUCUCAACACUACGAUCACCAAUCGCAGUGAUUAUGUGGGUCGUCUGCUGCAGCAGCAACAGCAGCAACAACAACAACAUCAGCAGCAGCAGCAGCAACAUCAUCAGAAUCAGCAUCAAUAUGGUGGAUAUGGUCAACAGAAUCGCAGACGCACUGGCUCCUUUGGCAGCAGCACUGUGCGCAUUCGCAGCGGCUCUUUGGGCAACAAAACGCAGGUGGCAAAUCGCAAUUAUCAGCAGGGAUCACAACACGAGUUGCGUCGCGGUGGCAGCAACUCUGGCUUGGCGCCACACAAGCGUCAAUAUCAGCAGCAACAUCAGCACCAGCAUCAGCACAAGGGCAAGCCACAGGCACCAGCUCAAGUUGGGGCACAAUUGAGUGCAGCACGUGCCACAAAUGCGACAUCAGCAGCAGCAGUGGCAUCAACGUCAGCGUCGGCAGCAGCAGCAGCAGCAUUAGCAGCAGCAGCGACGGCGACGUCGUCAUCCUCAUCAUCAUCGUUGUCGCAGAAGUAAUUUGUUAACGCAACCAGUUUAGUUGGUUUUAGUUUACUUAUGACUUACGAUUAGCAUAGAGCUUGGAGUUUGUGUCCAUUUAGCUCUUCUCUCUUUUGUUUAUUAUUCAUAUGAUUCUUUAGUAGUAUUCGAGUCAAGCGAAGUGUGGGGACAUCCGUUAGCGUUUAGCCUAAUUAAGUUAAAUUUGAAAAUUUGUUUAUUGCAAUUUGCCCUUAGCGUUGGUUUAGUAGUUAUGAUUAAUUGUUUCCGUUGUUUAUUAUUUUCUCUUCUUUUAUUUUUUUUUUGAUACAUUUACCCAUUUUUCUUCAAAUCUAACUGAAAAGAUUUCAGUUAGUACACACACACACACACAACCCAUACACACCAUAAACACACAAAAAUACAGGCAGACUGUGGUCUGUACCCAGUGCCAAUCAGCUAUGAACUAAAUUCAUUCUGUUCAGUUUCAGUUUCAAAUAUUAUAUUAAUAUUAUUUUUAAUUCUUCCCCCCCCGAAUAUAUAUUAUAUAUUUUCUAAACAACAAAAGCAACAAGCAAAUUUCCUACUAAAGCAGCGUCAAUAAUUGAACGUAAUGCCAUGAACUGUUGUACUAUACAUAUAUAUAAACAUAAAGAUAACGAUACGAUAACAAUAACAGUAACGAUAACGUUAACGAUAAAUAACCCUAUUAUAAUUACAACCAAACGACAAAGUAAACGAAAUUAAUAUACAGAAACCAAAUGAUCUUAAUGCAAAUCAAUUUUGUACAUCAAAUGCAAGCGCAAAAGUACAUUCAAUCUACAUACAUACAUACACACAUAUAUACAUAUAUAUAUAUAGCACCGCUAUGAAUAUAUAUGUUGAUAUAUAAAUAUAUAUAUAUAUAUCUUGGCGCAAAUGUAAUGUAAUAUUUAAGAGGCAGUCGUUUGUUAAUCCUUAAACCUAUAUCGAGGCAUGCAGGGCGCCAACUGCCAGCGAAUUUUAGUUAUUUUUAAGCAUUUAACAGUAAUCGAAAUGCAAAUUGAAUAAUGAAACAAUUGCUAUGAGUGCAGAAUGCAUACAAAAUUUAAUAUGCGAUCUGCAAUUUCCCCUUAGCAUUGCACUGCCUCCCCUCUGGCCAGCCCAGCUCACAAUCCGCCAGCCCAGUUCAAUUGGCUAACCGAUUCAGCAGCAUUUAACAAGUUCAUGUCCAAAUUGAAAUCCUUUUUUUUUACUUUUAAGUUAUUGCACUUGUUACAUUAAUUUGAAAUACAAGAAAAAUUCUGAAAAAAAAAAACAUUAAAACAAUUUGAAAAACAUAUGUCAAGUCCAAAAAAAGUUAAAAACUUUCAAAAAAUAUAUAAACAAAAAAAAAAUGCAAGUCAAUGCGAAAGAAAAACAAAUUUAUAUAUAUAUAUAAAUAUAAAUAAAUACAAAAAACGAAAUGUGUUUUGCAUAGCUAAUAGAAUUAGUUUUAAAGAUAUGUGAGAAAUCAAACGUAAGCUUACUACUGAUAAUUACCUAUAUACGAUAUACAUAUGACUACGAUUUUUGAAAAAAUAAGCGACAAAUCCAUGAUGAAGUUUUGAUCAGUUUGGAAAACUGUUGAUCACGAUGAGCUGCAUAGAGAUACCAAUAUCGUACUAAAUGAACUAAAUCUAAGUCGAUAUUGAAAUCUAUUAGUUAUUCUUUCGAUAUUGCUUCGCUCAUCCGAUAAAUUAGCAACCAAAAAAACAAAGAAGUGCAAAAAAUGUCAUUACAUACUGUAUAAUUAUUAUUUUUUAUUAACAUUAGUUAUUUGUAAAUAUAUUUUUUUGCUUUUAAAUUGUCGCCCAACUUUCCUAAUUAUACACAACACGGCACCCACGUAUACUACACACAGCAAUAUAUACAACAUUUUCCCAGAGAGCUUACCAAUUGAAUAUCCAGCAAUAAUAUUGACCACUAUUCUAAUAACAGAAUUUGGUUGUUGCAUUACUUAAAUUGUAUAAUAAUUAUUUGCGGUUAAAUUGUUUUUAAUUAUUACACUAAAGUGCGCAAAUUAUGUUGAGUUUUGUUUAAUUUUCAUCAGAUAAUUAGAAUAAACCAAACACACACACA